AUGGAAGACUCGGCACCAGUUCAGGAUGACACAUCGGAUCCGUCCUCGGGCGAGUCUUUCCCCGUUGUGCGCAUAUGCGAUGAUGGAGACAUUAUUCUGGACGUUACAUUCGAGACAUCCAGAGAGACCAUAGCCGCCGCUCGGAAGACUUGGCAGGCUGCCAGCAAGAAAAUCGGCGCCCCACGCAUUGCCCAGCCCAACUUGAGCCCAAGCAUCAGAGUCGCCUAUCGCGUCAAGCUUUCCGUCCUGAAGAGACAUUCCCGGUACUUUGAGAACCUUCUCGGUAAUAAGCAGUUCUCCGAGGCGAGCAACGUCGAAGAGACGCUCGCCCGCCUGGCUGCUGAGAAGCUCAAGCUGGCCGAAGUGGAUCCUAGGGACCUACCUUGGAUCACCAUCAUCGAUGAUGAUGAAGCUACAAGGUCUGUCGGCCGAGAGAAGGUCUUUGAGGACUUGAUGAGGAUCAUGCACGGGAAGCAGAUACAAUCUACAUCUGUCAAUAUGCUCCUUGUGACAACUCUAGCCAUCUUGGCGGACCGCUUCGAUUGUCGGUCCUUGGUCUCAAGAUAUCUUAGUAUCGAGCUCAAGUUCAAGUGGCCUCUAACAAGUGCAAAGGCAGCGCGAGCUGGCACGCAAAGAAAAAGUUCGGACGUCGAGAAUCUGCUAAGACAGAAGAUUCUCGUUGCCUGGCUGUUGGAGCAGCCGCCCAAGCUCCAUAGCUUCACACGGGAAUUGAUUCUUCGUGGCUCUGUCCGCUGGAGUGCCUUGUCUCUAGACGAGUUCUCGCGUACUGAGCUGUGGUGGCAUCUGCCGGACGGCUUGGAACGAGAACUACAGUACCGCCGAGAGUGUGUCUUGAACACCAUUGCCUCGGUACAUCGCCAUUUUAUUGCCCUUUACUCCUCCCGCGACAGGCAAUGUAAACUUGGAUACGACUCGAGCUCCGCCUGCGACUCGUUCCAGCUAGGUCAGAUGCUCAAGUUCUUCACGGGCAAAGAGUUGAUAGGCAUUGUCGACUUCGGGCCCAGCUCGUAUGACAACAUCCCAGAUUCUUCAGUCAUUGACAUCGAGGAGAUUUUGGCCAUGUUGAAGCAGGUACCAGGCUAUCAAAUUGACAAGCACCACACCAACUGCGGCAUUCGAACACGUCUUGAACCGAUAGUGGAAUACAUUAGGUCUAUGCUGUCGUCGACCGUCCUUUCAAUAUCCCAGGUCGAUUGGAAGAAUAAUCGAGCGUCAGCUUCCUGGGUUCCUGAUGACGACGAAAAUGCGAGCUUGGACAAUGGAGAGAAGAAGUUUGAGUUCACUAGAGGUCUAGCAAGCGACCAGCGUCUUCGAUACGAGGGCAAUAUGUAUGCCGACAAGAUGGCGCGCAAGCUUUUCACCGCCGACAAGUGGGAUUGGACCCCCGAAUAUUGA